AUGCUAUCAGAAAACAAGAACCAUCCAUCAAUCAAGGCGACAAAUUUCCAAACUCCCAGAAAUGUUAAACGAUCUCAAGGUUCAGAACCAUGUGUGGUCGGUGUUUUUGAAAAUACAUUGAAUUCCCCAUUGAGCAUUAUAACUCAAAGUGGUAACUUAAUCAAAUCGAGCAUUAGCUCAAAAAAUAACUUUGAGCAUGCUGUGAGGGUCAACAAAGAUAAACAGUUAUCGUUGAACAUACCUGGCACUCUCCCAUUGUCUGAUGUGACUAAUGUUUACCAGACGAUAGGGGAAUGCUACAAGUCAAUGAAUAUGACACAUUGGGACCCAACGCCUGUGCGACAAUAUUCAACGCAUAUGAAUGAAACAUUUACAACCCCCAAUCAAAUAAAGCUUAGUUCUCUAACAAAAGGUCUGCCAGCCAGUGAUGUGUGUUUGGGAUCAAGUAUUCCUCUCGAAAGAAAUAGAUUCAUUCUUCAAAGACAUGAUGUUGAAGUCAACCGUAGUUUAGAAGUUGAGUUUGCAGAGGCUGCUCAGAUCAAGGAUCAAGUGUCACCCAGCGAGGAUGGUAAUACGCAUCAUUUGAGUACCAAUGAUGACGGCAAACUACAUGUUGAUAUAGUGGAAGAUAUUAAGCAAGAUUUGGAUGAGCAGAAUGUGUUAGUUAAAACAUUCCGUUUUGCAAAAUCUAAAAUGGAGAAUAAUCCAAGUGUAGAGUAUAAAAUCAGGUUGAUUGGCAAGCGAAACGGUGAUGCACGGACUUACAACUUACCAACUGCAUCAGAAGUUGCUGCUUUAAUUGUAGGAGAUUUAUCCCCUACGUCAGGUAACCGAGAUAUUUUGGUGGAGACUAAUUCAGGAUCCCUAAAGAGGAUAAAUGAGCUUAACCCAGCGUAUUUGCCUUUGCAAUAUCCGUUACUGUUUCUCUAUGGAGAAGAUGGUUAUAGGGAGGAUAUUAAAUUCAACAUCACCAGGAAGCAAGAAUGUGGAGGUAGAGUCCGUGUUUCACAAUGUGAGUUCUUCGCAUAUAGGAUGCAUGACAGGUUGUUGUUUAUUAGGAACAAUCAAAAGGCUUUAAGGUGUGAAGCUUACAAAGGACUAUCCGAUGCAUUGACUAGAGGUGAAGUUGAUACAACCCAUCAAGGUAAACGAAUCAUCUUACCUUCCAGCUUCACAGGCGGGGCUGGGUACAUGAUUCAGAAUUAUCAGGAUGCGAUGGCCAUUUGUAGACACAAGGGAUAUCCAAAUUUAUUUAUAACUUUUACCUGUAAUCCAAAGUGGCCAGAAAUACAAAGGUACUUGAAAAAAUGUCAGUUGAAGGCUGAAAACAGACCUGAUAUUGUAUGUAGGGUCUUCAAAAUGAAGCUUGAUUGUUUGGUUAAAGAGAUAAAGGCAGGUAAUCUCUUUGGUGUUGUCACAGCAGUUGUCUAUACUAUUGAAUUCCAAAAGCGUGGGUUACCACAUGCCCACAUUCUAAUCUUCCUAGAAAAAGCACCCAGCUUAUCCACAGCCGCAUGCAUGGACAAUUUCAUUUCUACUGAAAUUCCAGACAAAGAGGAAGAUUAUGAGUACUACAAAGCUGUAGAAGAAUUUAUGAUUCAUGGACCGUGUGGACUACACAAGAUAGAAGAAUUUAUGAUUCAUGGACCGUGUGGACUACACAAGACUACCUCUCCAUGCAUGGUGAACAACAAGUGUUUACACAAGACUACCUCUCCAUGCAUGGUGAACAACAAGUGUUCUAAACACUUUCCGAAGCCAUGCAUGGUGAACAACAAGUGUUCUAAACACUUUCCGAAGAAAUUUGUUGAUGUUUCUUCUUGGGAUGCUGAAGGCUACCCAAUAUACAAGCGUUGUGAUAAUGGUAGAUUUGUGCAAAAGAAUGAGGUCCAAUUAGAUAGUCGAUACGUGGUUCCACAUAAUAGAUACCUAAUUCUGAAAUACAGAGCACACAUCAAUGUUGAAUGGUGUAACCAGUCGAGGUCAAUCAAGUACCUCUUCAAAUAUGUAUCUGCAUGCGAAGCUGCAUGGAGGCUUCUUAGCUACGACGUCCAAUUCAGGCAACCUCCCGUAGAACGACUCAGCUUUCACCUGCCAGAUUGUCAAUCUAUUAUGUUUGAGGACGAUGACAAGAUAGAAAAUGUUCUCAACAGGCCCACGGUAAAUCAAAGCAUGUUCACUGCUUGGUUUGAUGCAAACAAGACUUUUGAUGCUGCUAAACAACUGGCUUACAUUGACAUGCCAACCAAGUUCGUUUGGAAGAAGGAUAUCAGACAGUGGCAUCCACGGAAAAGGGGAUUCGCCAUUGGUCGCAUCUUUUAUGUCCCUCCAGGAAGUGUUCGGGGCCCCACAAGUUUUGAAGACAUCAAGACCUUCCAGGGUGUCACAUAUGCAACUUUUCGAGAUGUAUGCUAUGCCAAGGGGUUGUUAGACGAUGAUAAAGAAUACAUCGAUGCAAUCAAUGAAGCAAGCCAGUGGUCUACUGCAAAGGCAAUGAGAAGACUUUUUGUAAUUUUAUUAACUUCCAACUUGGUGAGCAGGCCUGAAAAUGUUUGGAAUGCAGUAUGGCAUCACCUUGCAGAGGACAUGCAAUACAACAGACGAACAGCGUUGCAUGAUAAAGAUAUUUGUUUAUCGGAGGAGGAAAAAAAGAAUUUAGGAUUGAUUGAGAUCGAGAGACUGUUUCAGUUAUACAAUAAGUCUUUGAAAGAUUAUCCUCAAAUGCCAAUUCCAAUCUUUGACGAUUCAUGGUUAGUUCAUAAUCGUUUGGUGUUUGAAGAGAUGGCUUACAAUCGUGCUGCACUCGAUAAGGAGACCGAACAAAUAGAGAAGCAACUAACUGAUGAACAAAGAGUGGUUUACGAUACUGUUAUCAAUGAUGUAUGCCAAAACAUGGGUGGUUUGUAUUUCGUUUAUGGCUAUGGAAGUACGGGAAAAACAUUUGUUUGGAAGGAAAUAUCAGGCAAGAUCCGAUCCAAGGGAGAUAUUGUAAUAAAUGUUGCGUCAAGUGGCAUCGCCUCACUGCUACUACCCGGAGGAAGAACAGCACACUCAAGGUUUGCAAUACCAAUUGUGUUAACAGAGGAUUCCACAUGCAACAUCAUUCCUGGUAGCCAGCUUGCAUAA